AUGGGUCGCAAAAUACCCUCGAAAAAACACCGCGGGGUCAAAGAUCCGCUUCUGCAACAAGCUAAGCGAUUAGAAAGUUUAAAAGGAAAAAUAAAUGCACCGCCAAAAGAUCCAGACGAGCAGCCAAUGCCCCGCUCGAUAAUAAGGCUUUUUGGGCUACCAGAUCCGAGUAAAAAGAAUACCGCCAAGAAUAGUGCACACCGUAAAACACGCCCGUUGCCAAACAAAAAAGAUGAGGGUAUUAGUUGUACCGGCGAUAACCCGAUAUCUCGCCUCCACAAGUUACCUGGCGAAUCAGGGCGGGGUUUCUCUCUUCGCAUCAACAGCGCCAUCAAGGCUCUACAUGGUGCUGAUGAAGACCUGGAGUACCCUCACGACCUUGAAGCGGAAGACUACAAAGGCCAGCGAAUGGCCGAACAGCGCGAAAGACGCGCGAAAAAACGUCGCCGCGCUGAGAAGGCGGCCAAGAAAGCCGGCGGAGAGGGAGAGAAUACAGAAGGGCACCUGACCAGGAUCCAAAAACUUGCACUUAAGAAGAAGGCUAAAAAGAUGAAAGCUCUAGAGGCGGGCGAGGAGCAGGCCGAGGUGGUGUACGAGCGCGUGGCGUUCGGCGAGGUGACGCACGCGCCGCCCGCGCUGCACUUCAAGGCCAGCGCCGGCGCGCCCAGGCCGGGCCGGCGCGAGUUGCUGCUGAGCGGCAUGCUGCGGGGGCAGGGCGGGGCGGGGCGGGGCGCGGUGGGCCCGGGGGGCGUGGGGGGUGCGGGGGACGCGGACGCGGCGCGGCGCGAGCGCGCGCGGCUCGACGCGGUGGCGGCUUACCGCGCGCUCAAGGCCAGCAAACGGAAAAAUAAAUAA